AUGAAGUUCUUCGCCACUGAGCCAGAGCAAGGCCUCUUCAACUUCACUGGUGGUCAAGUAGAUGUUGGCAUCGCCAAAGACCAUGGGAAGUAUUUGCGCUGCCACAACCUUGUGUGGCUUUCGCAGCAGCUCAGCGACUGUGUGACAUAUGGCAACUGGACGGCAGACAGCUUGACUGCGGUUAUGGAAAACCAUAUCAAGACAUUGAUCACUCUCUGGCAGGACUAUGACACGAUCGGGCCAGAAUACUUCUUCCUUGCAUAUCGGUUUGCUCAGGAAGCUGUUGAGGCGACUGGCAAGGACAUCAAGUUGUAUUACAACGAUUACGGCAUCGAAGAUACCGGCAACAAGACCCAAGCUGUAUAUGGCCUGAUCAGGGAACUGCAAUCUCGCGGCAUCCGUAUCGACGGGGUUGGUCUAGAGUCGCACUUCCAAGUGGGUGGUACACCGAGCGUGGAGGUGCAAGUUACCGCGAAGCAAGGCUACGUCAGCCUCGGGCUGGAGGUUGCAGUCACCGAACUCGACGUUCGAUUCCCCGAAGUCAACGCCACAAAUGCCACUGGCUUUGCAAUGCAGGCCCAGAACUACUACGACUCGGUCUCCAGCUGUGUCCAGGUUGAUGGCUGUGUAGGGAUCACGGUCUGGGACUUUGACGAUCAGUAUUCCUGGAUCCCGGGCACUUUCCCAGGGCAAGGGGUCGCGGAUUUGUACAACGCGGAUUUUACCCGGAAGCCAGCAUAUUAUGCUGUGGGAGAGGCGCUGCAGGGCAUCCCAUGCUCAGUCUGUUCCGCAUCGAUCUCGCAUCUGGCUCACUGCAUCUGUCAGAGAUGA